AGGGGAAUUCAGGGCGCCGAGUUGACUGCACAGCGUGAGAGGCGCUUUCAGACACAGACCAUCAUCUGCAUUGCGGACCUAUACUGUGGUGCGGCUCUUCUCUUUUAUUGCGACUUAAAAAACUCGGCAACAAGGACACCAUGUUUGGACUUGGAGGAGCAUUGAAAAAUGUAACAGACAAAGCCGGCGAGCUGCUGGAGAAGAAAAAGGGUGAAGUGAGCGCUCUUGCAGGAGAAAAGAAGAAGGCAGCCACGGAAUUGCUAGAAGACCAGGUUACAAAGACUACUGAGGCUUUGACACAAACUAAGCAGGAGGCUGAAAAGGUUGCUUCUGACACAACCACUGAGGCAACUGGUCUGGUCGAGUCAACUGUCAACGCUGGAAUUGCCGAGGUUGAAAAAACCGUUGACGAGAAAAUCAAGGAAGCCAAUUCUGAAAUGGACAAAAAAUUGGAUGAGGCUGACAAGUUCCUCGAUGCGAAGCGUGAGGAUGUUGUCGCGGCGGUGUCAGACGUCGGCAAGAAAGCAAAUGAAACCAGUUCAUCUGUCCAGACCUCCCUGCUUGGAAAGGCCAAGGGAUUUCUGAAAUUCUAAAGAAGAAGCCUCUACAAAACACAACACGCUGCUUGCGGUGAAAAUUCCUAUGAGUUGCAAAUUGAGCCAAAUUGUAUUAUUUUUUUACUAAUCUAGAAUGUACGUAUUGGAAUUGGAUAUUUUAUGAUUCUAAAAGCAUCUCCAAGCAUAUAUAUUCAUUUUUAGAUCUGAAUGUUUUUUUUUCGCUAAUUUUAUGAUUUCAAGCACAUAUAAUUUAAGGAGGAUUUUGAGGUGGGGCACCCUGAUUUGAUACAAGUUAGUAUGCAACUUGCAUUUUUCUCUUGGAACGGUUAUAUUACUUUUUGCCCAAUUUUACCUGCAAUGCUCGUUUCCAUAAAUAAAAAAAAUCAAAUCAAAUGUAAGCAACAAACGGUCUUGAGCACUUUCAACGCUAUACAAUAUAAAUCAAAUUUGUUUUAUAUUGCAAAAAUUAAGAUAUAUAAAAUUGGUCAAAACUUAUUGGCCGGCGUUCUGAAGUACUUAAUUAAGGAAGUAGAAAUUGUCCUCUAUAACUUUGUUCAAAACUAGGGUGCCCCAAUU